CAAAAAGCCCAGCGUACAUUUUUUUUAUAUUUAUUAUUAGAAAAAGUUAAAAAAAAAAUUGGUGGUUCAACUGAGAACGAGCCAGCAGGCCAUGGUGAACCAGAGUGGCGUCGAGCUGUGAUCCGUCCACUGCCGAGAGCGGGAGGUAGUCGCUGCUCUGUGAAACCAGCCUCACGCAUUGCCCUCCAACUGCAGGAACCGCCUGAGCCAAGCCUUCGCUCAACACACACGGAUCACUCACCGCUUGGACUGGGCAGCUCGAAACAAUGCCACAACAGAUCCGACCCGUGGACCGAGCCAGUGUUCCACCAACUUUACUGUCCCCACUCAGGUCACAAGCCCUCGUUACUGAGCUCGACGUACGGUAACUGAUUUAACUUCAAAUAUAAAGUAGGACAUGUUUUAGUCAAGUAACCGAUGUGGGACAAAGGAGAAGUUUAUAAGAACAAUGGUGUUUUUUGGAUUUGCUUGUAGAGAAAAAAACAGCGGUUUCUUCAAAGGAAGAGUCUCUUCUCGAUGAUUAGCUUCCUAGAUCCCUCAUUCCAGAAGAUCAACACCUGUUGCAGAUCUCUUCAAAAAAACACUAGUUUCUGGCUAGUUUCUGGAGGAUUAUAAAAUUCGACUGGACCCUUUGAUGGCUGAUAGACCAUGUGAGAUUCAGUAGCUGACAAGAAAGCAAAGGAAUCCACCUAACAGAGACAACCCACAUGUUGCAGGAAAUAUAUAAAAUAUCACAAGAAACGGAAAAAGAACCAGACAGAGACACCUCUUCUUGAAUCUAACGCCUUACUCUGUGGUUUUUCCAUCUUCUUUACUGCCUGAUGGUGAAUCUGAAUCCUAUGGCAAUAUGAUUAUUUAUCUGAGGCGAAGAUUCCUCACUUCAACUUGAUGCGACCACUACUGGUCCAGUUUUCUUAGGAUUGUUUUCUUUGAUAGAACUGACAAAAAUAUUGGGUUGAUUGAGGCCGUUGUUCUUCCAUUUUGAUGCCCCACCUGUUCUUUUAGACUGUUUCCUUUUUGUUUCUGCCAUCUGAAGACAUAAGGGCAACCAGUCAUCUUGCCCAAUAGCUUACAAAGACUUGGUUUUCAAGAGAAUCUUCUGUAUAAAGGUUCUAGAUUUAGCUAGAUGUUAGCUUCUGUCUUAUUAAGGAGAGGUACUCGUUCUUCUGUUUGCCAGAUAUCUUGGCUGGUUUAGGGAGCUCAGGUAUACAGGUGGAGUUUGAGUCCAUUCAGCUUGGAGCUGUAUAAAGCGGAGUUGAUGUUACCUAGAAGGGGGUUCCUUUUUUCUUUUUCCUUUAUUAAUUCUGCGCUGGAUUUACAGCUUUGAUGUCAAGUUUUGGAAUUUGAGUUUGAAGUUAGAUUCAGCUUGGUGAGGGAACAAGUUGGAAACUUUUGGUGGUUUUGUCAAAGGAGUCUUUGGAGUACUAACUAUCAGAAAACAUUUGUCAGACAGAAGCUUGGUGAUGUAUCUUCAAUUUUUCACCAACCCAUCUCAUGGCUUAGCUCAUGUAUGCUACUCUAGUCGGAUUUCGUGUACGGUAAGACUGAGUCGUAUCCUUGCCAUGCCACCGUCUUCAGUUCUCUUGCAUAUGGACGAAAGCAAUAAUCUUCCCAAGCCUAAGAAAGGUUUUUGUCUAAGUGAAGAUUCGAGAAACAGUAUAAAAAGUCUUUCCUCAGAUUCUUUGUUUAGGCAGGCCAACACAGUGGGGAUUAUUGGAGGCGUUUCAACUGAUUCCACUCUGAAAUUUGUGAAGAAACUCGCAGAUUGGAGCUCAAGAAAUGGUAUAAGCUCGUUACCUUUUGUGCUUUGCUCGGAUCCUGCACUCAACAAGGAGCUUCUCUUAUACGAGGAAAACUCGUAUCCUUCUCUUUACCAUAGAGCAGAGAGUACUGCGGUCGAUCCAAAGCUGAUUGUGGAAAAUCUAAGGAAUAAGAGGAGAUAUCUUGAGAGUUGUGGAGCUAAGUUAAUUGUAAUACCCUGUAAUAUUGCACAUAUAUGGUAUGAAGAGGUUUGUGAAGGGAGUUCAAUUCCCCUGCUUCACAUGGGUGAAUGCAUUGCUAAAGAGCUGCAAGAGGCGAAAAUGAAACCCCUUGAAGCUGGGAAUCGUCUGCGUGUAGGUGUGAUGGCAAGUAGCGCCACGUUAUCCGCAGGGUUCUACCAGGAGAAACUCCAAAGCAAUGGAUUUGAGGUGGUGCUUCCAGACAAGGCUACAAUGGAGCACACAGUGAUCCCGGCCUUGGAAGCAAUGAAGAGAGAAGACAUGGAAGGAGCACGGAACCUUCUAAGAAUAGCGUUGCAGGUACUGCUGGUGCAGGCGGUAAACUUGGUGGUGCUCGGAUCAGAUGAGAUGCGUGACCUCUUGCCAGGGGACGAUCCUCUGCUAAAGAAGUGUGUUGAUCCAAUGGAUGCACUUGCAAGGUCUGCCAUCAAAUGGGCAGAGAAUCGAUGCUCUUAAAUAGCUCACUCGCAAGGUGUGUUGAUCCAUUUUGUGCGUGUUGUGUGUUUUGUAUAUAAUUGAAAGGAUAUAUAGCUCGGAUAGGGUGGCACUACCAAGUGUAAACCAGUGUUUGCAAUACCAAAGUCUCAACAUGUAUUGGUUAAUACAAGUGUGAACAUGUCUAAAGCCAAAAAAAGUUUGCACAUGUGUUGGCUAGGAUCCAUGGUGUGAUAUCCCUUAUUAUUACAAACAUUUAUUAAUGGAAUAAAAAUAUGGCUUUUGUGAAA